ACUUGGACGCGUACGCAACGUUGGAUCACGGCCGGUCUUCCUGCGAUCGUUCUCGCGGCGUGUGUUUCUUUUCCUUUUACCAAACUCGGUAUUCAUUUUCACCUGUGUGUGCGAGCGCGCGCGGCUCAGAGUAUCAACUCAGUGCGCAUAGUGCGGUGCAGUUGGCGUGUGUAGUAGAAUUGCGCAGUUUCUGGUUGCGGAAAGCGCGACUUUCGUAACGAAGCAGCUAGAAGUGCAAGAUCGCAUAGAUCACACAGCAAUUUAGCAGUUUGACCGGGUUCGUCGCCUGAUCCCUGCUGAAGUCACUUUCGUGGAUGCGGAUUUUGAGCUUUUUCGUCUAUCGAUUGGGGCGAGCCAGUCAGUGGUGUGUGAAUCGAAGCCGGAUUUGAGUGUUUUAAUGGCAAAAGAGAUUGCGUACGUUCCAGAGAUCGAUGGAGUAUUUGUGAUUGCUAAUUGAACAAGUGUUUUUGCCUCUCCAUCACUGUUAGACAGGCUUUUGAUUUUGUUUUCAUCGCUGAGAGGCUUCCAAAGGUUUGAAUUUUGUUUGCCGAUUCAUGGUGCUUUUGGCGGCGAUCAAUUAGCGGCAGAGUGACGAAGUACCAUUUCCGGUUGGCGGGCGUUAGAGCUACGAUUCUUGGAUGAGAGUUGAAGUGUGCAAGUGUAUAAUCGACCUUUAGAACCGGUGCCCAGUCUGGCAAAGCGGUGUUGUUGACGAGUGUCAUUAAGUCUAGGAAGUGAGCCGAGAACGUCAAAAGACCGGCUUCGCAGUGUUGUUGCUUGGGCUGUUAUACAUCCGUUCGAGUGUGUUUGCUAGCGACCAAGUGUCCGUUGGCGCUGUGGCCUUUCCCGUCGUAAAAGAAUGUCGGUGGAAUAAAGUGACGACAAGAGUGGGAAAGCAAUUACGUAAGUUGCGGAUCGGAAUUGCGAAAACAAGUUUAUGAGGGAAGCCAGUGAUAUAUACAACGAAACAGUGACGGAUAGGGUACGAGUGAGAAGAUUAUCAUUCUAGUGAUUUAUCUGCUGAUUAUCGAGAAAUUGGAGCUGCUGCUGUCGACAUUGCAGAAGAAAUAAUACAAAAACGACUGCAGGCAGCGGCAUCGUCAUACGAAGCAGCAGAGUUAUCACGCGAGAUUACGACAGCCCCUGUCUGAUCCCGCAGAGCGAUGUACCGGUGAGAACUCAUCGCAGCCUCAGCACGUGAUUUCUCGCACCCUUCGGGGGACGUCUGUGAUUGGACAAGUUCGGUUUCGCUAGACGGAGCUCGCCCCAAGUUGCUGGUGGCUUCGAAAGAAGCUGAGGUCAACACUCGCAGACGCAAAAGGGCAAUAUUGGAAACCUAGUGCCAAGCAGUAAUGAAACUGCCAUCAACAACUUACUUUACGAGCAGAAUGCAAAUACUAUUCGUGGGUUAUCUGAACGUCAAAAACUACAAACAGUGAUAAUAUCGGUAUAAGGAGGAACACCUUAUUAGUUGACAGUUCAUCCAGUUAUCGAAACCCUCAAUUUUGACUCAUUAAGAUCAUCAACCGCCGAAGCAAUCUCGUUUCUCCACCCAUCAAAAGCAAAUCUACUGGAAGUUUAGACCUCAAGGUAGCGAGGCACGCGCGUGGGACUAUGUGAAUGAACCAACCUUCUCUAAAAAAAAACACCAUUUCGAUCCGGUGUCCGCGAUCACGAAAAAGCAUUGAUCAUGAUCAUGAAGAUCGGAACUGCGAAUAGUUGAACGAUCAAAAAACAUCACCAGCCAAGGAGAACCGUCCGACCGAGUCCGCAACCGUAUAAUUACUUGCGUUUAACGGCCAUCAUCUCCCACCGACACUGCCUACCACCCGCAGCCGGUUCCCAGCAAAAACUACUCCGAAAAAAUGUUGAAAAACAUCCACGAGCGAACGGUUAAAAAGGUUAAGGGCAAUCACUACGUUGCCAGCCAUGGUGGUCGCGAUACCGUCGAUCUACCGUACGCUCAAGCCAACCGGGGCUAUUCCACCGACGGUGAGGAUAGCCAACGGGCGCCAUCUGAUCGCACUGUCUCGGAAUACACGGUAGCCAAUGAACGAGCAACGCCCCCAACUGCGCCUUCGCGCAAAUCCCGCUCGGAUACCAAGUACCAGCAGAAUGGAACCACCAACGGAGGUCCCCGACCCCUCUCUAGUCCACCGACCCGUGCCCCACCAAGAGCGCCGUCAGCCUUGAGUUACGAUCAUGGCGGUGAAACCGGAAGCGAUAUCUACGUUACAUCGGCAGCCUACAAAGCUCCCUCGGAAAUAAGUCGCUACAGUGCCCACCGGAAUCAUCAUAACACCUCACGGGGUCCCCGCAGCGUUUACAGUGUGGCCAGCACGGCAAAGACUGGUCGUAGCUCGCGGCGCCAUGGUGCCAAGGUUGAAGCCAUGUCUGCCCCGAAUCCGUUCUGCCCGAACGUAAAAGGCGUCUGCUGCCUCAUGCUUCUACUGAACCUGGGACUAAUUCUGGUCACGCUGGGCUUCGUGAUAGUGAUGCAAUUCACGGAGCCACUGUUUGUAUGGAUAUUGGGCGUGGUGUUCCUGGUGUUUGGAUUCGCAACGCUGAUCGGCAGCAUGAUUUAUUGUGUGAUCGUGUGUCGGGAUGCGAAAACUCCGGAACAGCUACGCAACGAGGACCUCUACUGGACCAAGCACUGGCAGAAAAGCAUCGGUUAUACGCCGCACGAGAUUGAUUACAAAACCGAUCGGUUCGAUGAGCGUGAUCGGUACUCGGAUCGAUUCUCGGUAGGAAAAAUGAGCGGGAAGUACUCCGAUCGAGAAAUUACCCGAUAUUAGGGCAGGGAAAACCAAGAGCAGAUGCAAUAAUUCGACGAAAUUCGAAAUGACUAUAAAUAAAAGUUAUAACCAGUGUAACUGAAACGAAUGUUACUAAUAAGAUUUAAUUUAAACGAUUUCGCUAGCUAAGUUUAUUGACGAACCUAAUUUUUUUAAAAGCAAGAAACAGUCUUUAGAGUAACGAUUUCCACAAAAGCGUCGACCGCGAGGUGGAUUAUUUUAAACUAAGUAAACAAAUACGAAAACCCAGCAAUAUAAUUUAAAACAAAAAGAGACAACCAAUUAAACAAUGCAUGAUUGAAGUUAAAGAAUAAUGGUUUUAAAUUUUGUAACAAAUGAUUAAUGUACAUAUUAAUGUAAAAUGGAUAAAAAAAUGCAACUAUAACAUAUUUUUAUGUAACAGAAACAAAAAGAUGAAUAAAAGUUUAUUCUCAA